UUCAUAACAAAUAAAUUUGGCCGAAAAAUGCCGUUAAUUCUCAUUUCCAUUCCGAUUAUUAUUAGUUGGAUACUCAUUUUGUUUGCACCUAACGUUUAUUAUUUGUAUGCCUCGAGAUUGUUGAAUGGCUUUUUCGGUGGAGGUGCCUAUACUAUCGUUCCAUUGUAUCUCUCUGACUUUGCAUUUGAUCGAAUCCGGGGCACUUUGGUUUCAUCAUUGAUACUAAGCGAAAAUUUUGGCAUGUUACUUGGAUUUACGCUUGGACAUUUUUAUAACUUUUACAUAGUGCCUCAGUUUGUCAUUUCACUAAUGGCCCUAUUUGCUGUUCUGUUGUUCUUCUUCCCCGAAACGCCAGUAUUUCUUGUCAAACAAAACAAAAUAUGUCAGGCCGAAAAGUCCAUAAGAUUUUAUCAAAAUUUGAGCGAUGGAGAAAAGGAAAACAAAUUAGUCGAAAUAGAAAUAAAUCGAUUGAGAAUCAUGAUUAACCAUGAACAAGUAGAAAAAAGUACUGACAAAUCCUUCAAAUGGUCCGAGCUGACAACUAAGUCAGUGCGAAAAGCCUUGACAAUUGCUUUCGUUUUAGUUAUAUUAACCAAUUUUAGUGGAGUUUCGGCUAUGUUGAACUACACUGCAAGUAUAUUUGAAGAAGCCGGUUCCAAUUUGCAUCCAAACAUAUCGACUAUUGUGGUUGGAGCGAUUCAACUGUUUGGCACAGCCAUUGCGACGAAACUAGUUGACCUAGCUGGACGAAAGUCGUUAUAUGCUGUGUCAAAUAUUGGAACAGCGCUCGGUUUAAUCGUAUUGGGAACGUACAUUAUACUUAAAUCACAAGGAUAUCCAGUAGAACAUUUCAAUUGGGUGCCGGUCAUAAGCUUCUCAUUCACCAUUUUUGUUGCAGCAUUAGGCAUUGUCAGCCUUCCGCUGACUUUAUUCUCGGAAAUAAUGCCUGAAAAAAUGAAAGAUUUUGGCGUCACUUCCUUUCUGACACUUAUGUGGUUUUCCUCAUUUCUGCUGAUAAAAUAUUUGCCAAUGCUCACCAAAUCAUUGGGAUUUGACAUGAGCAUGUUCAUCUUUGCAGCGGUAUGUUUAGCUUGCCAACUGUUUAUCAUUUAUUUCGUGCCGGAAACCAAGGGUAAAAGUCACAAAGAAAUUAUCAAUAUGCUUCAUAAUAAGGAAGGCCAUUAAGUAUAAGCUUAUUGUAAAUGUUAGUUUAUUUGAUUAGAAAAUAGUUUCGUGAAUAUUCAUUUUCGAGUGUGUUGCAUCAGCGCUGACAGUUAUGUCGGAAAGGAUUCUAUGCAAUUAAUUUUUUAUUUUUAAAAAAUAUUUCAACGUCUCUACUGAUUUAGUAGUUGUAAUGCUAGAUAUUAUCUACUUGAUAAUUUAAUUCACAUUUUGAAAAUAGUACUGAAAAAAAUGACUAAAAAUGACUCUCAAAAAA